AAUAUAACGGUCAAAUCCACACACGAGUCAGCACAGUCAGCAUUCCAGCCGGCAGCAUUGUAUUAUUUUUCUUUGUGUAACUGCCAUUGGAGGAUAAGAUCCUCCGCACUCUUAAACCAUCAUCCAUGAACUUAGAACGUCAAGAACUAGUCGAAAGUAUGAACAAGAAUAUUUAUUAUUCCGAUAAGUAUUACGAUGAGGAGUACGAAUACCGACAUGUAGUUUUACCCCGUGAAUUGGUGAAGCUGAUUCCAAAGACUCACCUAAUGUCCGAGACAGAAUGGCGAAGCAUUGGGGUUCAGCAGAGUCGCGGCUGGAUCCACUACAUGACACAUUCACCAGAGCCACAUAUUCUACUCUUCAAGCGUAAAAUUACUACUCCUCCACCACAUGAAUAGGUUGUCUGUUCAAUAAUGUUGUAUAUAUCUAUUUAAUCAAAACCUCUCAAAUAUUUCUUAGCACUUUAUUCUUGCAUAUGACAAUUGUCUAUUUAAUUUGUAGUUGAUGCUAUUGUUGCAAUUUUAUACCACAGUCACUAGUAGCAUUAGUAAUUGUGCCUUACUUUUAUUUUAUUCUGUAUACUGGACAGUUUAUGCCUGUCUAUUGCUAAUUCAUCAUGAUAGCUGGCUUUCAAAAUGAUCUGCAGAUGUUUUUGUUAAUGUAAGUGAGAAGUUGAUGUAACUAUUUUAGUUUUAUCUAAUAUGUAUCUAUAAGAUAAGGUUUAGCAUUUGUGGCUGUUAUAUAUUACUGAAUAAAUAAAUAAAGUUUUACAUGUGUACAA